ACAUUCUAUUGUUCCUAUGGUUACGCGAGUUCGCUCCCGCCUUCGCGCUCUGAGCCUGGGCCCGAUUCGCCUGAGAUCCGUACGCGCAGUGGCGACUCGACGGCGAGGAUGGAAGGCGGCGGCGGCGCGGGAGACCCCAGCUCGGCCUCCGCGAACAUGUUCUCCCUGACGGGCCUCGGUGCUGCGUUGCGGGCCGUCCCCGAGGCGCCGGAUUCUGCCUCGCUGCACUACCUGCAGCUGCCGUGGCAGUGCGAGCACCGCGUGUGCAAGAUUGUUGGCCGCCGCCGCAAGGCCGCCCGGCUGCACCGCAAGGUGGGGCCUACCGGCAAGGAGAUCCACGCUUUGAAACGCUUGAGAGAAGCUGCCAAUUCUAAUGAUUUAGAAACAGUGCAGCAGCUUCUGGAAGAUGGGGUGGACCCCUGUGCAGCUGACGACAAAGGUCGAACGGCCCUGCACUUUGCUUCCUGCAAUGGAAAUGACAGUAUUGUGCACUCGCUUUUGGACCAUGGAGCCGACCCAAACCAGCGAGAUGGGCUGGGGAACACCCCCCUGCAUUUGGCUGCCUGCACGAACCAUGUACCCAUCAUCACCACACUGCUUCGUGGAGGAGCUCGAGUAGAUGCCUUGGAUCGAGCUGGACGGACCCCUCUGCACUUGGCCAAGUCGAAGCUGAACAUCUUGCAGGAGGGCCUCUCACAGAGUCUGGAAAUCGUGCGCCUGGAAGUAAAGCAGAUCAUCCAGAUGUUGCGGGAAUACCUUGAACGCCUCGGGCGCCACGAACAUCGGGAACAGCUGGAUGAUCUUUGCUCCAGGCUACAGAUGACUAGUACAAAAGAGCAGGUGGAUGAGGUUACUGACCUCCUGGCCAGCUUCACCUCCCUCAGCUUGCAGAAGGAGAAGAUCGAGAAGAGGUAACGGGAUUUCCCACUGUUUUCUCAAUCAAACGGAGAAGCCUUAGGAGAAAGAGCAAGUGGAGCUCCUUAGCAAGACUUCAGACAUGCUGCUGCUGGUACCAGACAUGCUUUUCCUAUUGGAUACAUACUCUCAGCUGCCCAAGACUUGUUGGGCCACUAUUACUGCCAUGGACGCUUCCUUCAGGACAAGAGGUUCAUACUGAGGCUCUGACUUUCAGGACAAUGAAUCACUUUUUUAAAAAAAUGCAUCAGUGAAAACUUUUUUAGUAAAUGUGGUCACCUUGUACAGGGGAGUUGCCCCAUUUCAGAAGCAUCUCCGUGGUCCUCCAAGUGACAGACCCAACGUGCUUUGAGAACAUUUGGGGGAACUGAAGCUGUUGGGCACAGCAUCCCACAUGAGUUGUCUGACUUCUAAGGACAUGAAUCGUUGAGCAAUUGCAUAAACAGUGAGAAACUACACCCUGUUGGGCAACUAAGUUUUAAAGGAGGGCUAUUUUAAACUGAGAAAGGGCUAAAGGGCCAGCAAUGCUAGCUUUGCCCACUAAAAUGCUGUUUAAUUCCCUCCUCCUCUGUCCCUUCCUCCAGGAUUUUUACAGGGUUCUUUGCUUAUGCUCCUCUCUUAUGAACCAUACCGCUUUCAUUUUCUGCCUUUUUCAUGCACCUGCAUUGGUAGCCGAGGUGUGCAAGGGAAGAAUUCUGCCAAAAUCUCUUGUCUGAGAGGGCCAGUAAGAGACUUCAAGAAUUCCUUGCUUGCAUCUGUCAGCUGGCACCGAUCUUUUACUUUUUUCAUAGUUACGGGUUGCCUGGGAUUCAGGCCUAAUAGGGAGCUACAAUGAGUCGCCAGGCUACCCAUUGCCUACUCCUGCUGAUUACUGUUCCUUGGACUUUCUUUUGCUCUCUAUGCCGGCUAACAUAAUCUAUAUCAGUCCUCAAAAACCUGAGCUGGAAGUAAUGGUGUCUCUCAGGGCUGCUUCAUACACUACUUUUCUUCCUUCAAAGACAGGACUGAUUCAGAAGUAACAGAAAACCACAGUUUGGCGAGUUUAGACGCAGUGACAAAUCACAAUUUGUUCUGAAACAGGAACAGAAGCUUUAAAUUCCUACACACACACACACACACACACACACACACACACACACACACGAGAGGGAAGAGCGUGAGUUCAAGGUUUGUGAUCACAGCAGCAAACCAAGCCCGUACUCCAAUGUGGAUAUUGCCAUAAAGGGAAGAGAGAGGGGUUGCUUUCUCAGUGUGUGGGCGCAUGCCUAGGACAGAUGAUACUUUAUUUAUGACAAUGCUGUACUUUGCUUUGGUCGAAUGGGCCUUGGAAAUGUAUAUCUUCCCAUUUGCAGUAGUUGCCUGUCACUGAAGUGAGGGAGGCUUGCCUUCUCAUUCUGCCGCUAAAAUUAAAAAAGACAAAAAGACUUAGCAGCCCUUAUGCUCACGAGAGAAGAACUCUGUUUGCCUGAUACAUGCCAACUCAUUGGAUUCAAGGGUGUUGCUGCCACAUAACAGCAUGUUUUGACUUCAGCCAGCCCACAUUUUUUUUAAUCAGAGGAGGCAGGGCGCAUUUGUAGCAAAUCCAUUAUUGUGGUCUGAUUUCUGCAUCAUUGAAAUUCCAAGGCUGCUUCUGAACUUUGAGCCUAGCAAGCUAUUAUGACUCUUUUGUUGUUGCUUUAAAAAGUGUGCUGCUUUUGUGAAAAACAAGAUUUAAUGGGAUUCGUAUCUUUCGACAGAAGUCCAUGUUUUGGAUUUCACAAGCUAAGCAGCUUUGAUAGGAGAAAUCCUGAAUGCUCAGGGGAGGGAAGUUUGGGACUGACUUGACUCUGACCUUGCCAGAGCUGUCACUAUGAAUACGGAGAACUUUUAAUACGAUGUGCAAGGAGGGUGGGAGGUGAUUUGAACUUUUCCAUUGUAAACUUCAAUAAAGUGCUGUCUGGUUUCAGGGUGGCUUUGCACAUUUCUGCCUGCCUACUUUUCUUCUUUCUACCCCACCGCCCUGUUGUCUUCUCUCCCUGGGGCCUGGAGGUGGACUCGGUAGUUUCUUCACUUGAGCAAACUGCAUUGAAAUGAAAGCUGACAGUGUCUCAUUGCCUUAAGCUCAAAGGCUGAGGCAGUCUGUAGACCUGAUGUAAUUUUCUGCCUCCGUCUUGUGUUUGCGGCUCUUGAUCCCACGGUUGCGGCCUCCUAACUCUUAAUAGACUUGCUGAGGACUCCAUGAAAAUCAAUGUCUCUGCUACCCCCUGCUAGUUUCCUGGCAGUCACUUACGUGCACUGUACCUGGGAAACAGCGAGGCUGUCUAACUGAAUCACAUUUUUGCAUUGAGCUCCUUUAAUGUGCAGCCGGCGAAAACAUUAAUCACCGUUUGGGGGAGAGGAAUAGCCGAGAGGAGGGUGCAGAAUGUCCUUAUAUUUCAAGCAAUUCGCCAGGUGGUGGGAAACGUGGGCAGUCUUUUUUAACAGGAGGACAAGUGGGAAAGGGCACCACAUACAAAGGGCCGUUCGGGUGAUAGGAAAAGUAUGUAGUACAAGAAGCAUAACCUAUUCUUCGUUUUUGAGAACAUCUCAUUAGCCACAUUUUAAGACAGAUGUUGCUAAACUGUACCUCUUGUCAGUCAGGGUGAUGCGAGGUGUAGUUCACCUGUUUUAAAAGGAGGAAAGGUCUGUGUUGGAGGUGCGGUAAAGCAGAGCGGACAUUCAUACACGUUUGGUGGACCUGUGAAAAAAUCAAAAGCUGGGACAUAGUGUAUGAUGAACUUAAAAAAAUGUUUUAAGUAUAACUAUGAAAAAUACAGAAGCUUUCCUAUUGGGGAUAACAGACACAGGUAUAACAAGAGGGGAUCAGAAAAUAUUCCUCUAUGCCACAAGCGUGGCAAGGGCCUUAAUUGCCAGAAAUUGGGAAAAAAGAAUUUGUGGUAACAAAAACGGAAUGGCAGGAUAAAUUUCUAAACUACAGUCGUAUCUCGACUUACGAAUUUAAUCCGUUCUGAACGGACCUUUGUAAGUCGAAAAAAUCGUAAGUAGAAGCCUAUGUGGGGAAAAAAUGAAAUCGUAAGUCGAAGCAACCCCUAUUAAAAAUUUGUAAGUAAAAAUCCUAUUCGCGCCGCAUCCAAAAUGGCGGACGGAGCUCCGUUCGUGAAUUGAAACUUUCGUACGUCGAGUCAUUCGUAAGUUGAGGUACCACUGUAUAUCGAAUUGGCUAGAUUAACAAAGGCAAUUAGGGGACUCCCAGACAAGAAUUUCGAAAAGAAUGGGGAAAAUGUAAAGAAUACUUUACAAAACAGUGCCCGAAUAUACAUACCUGGUCUUGUUUCGAUUAAUGUCUGCAGGAGACUUUGUGGUUUUGUUUUGUUUUAAGUCAUAAUUUGAAAAAUCGUAAUAACAGCUCAUAAAGGAAACGGUUCAUAAGAAGUAAACAAGGAGGCCAUGUGCAGGAUAAAGUCUUUUAUUUUGUCGUUUGUUAAAUUUUAUGUUAUGUUUAUGUCUAAUGGUGGUGGAUUUGUUUAUUUGAGUUGUGGUGGAUUUAUGUUGUAAAAAAAUAAAAUAAUAAUAAUAAACGA